AGACAAAGAGUCUAUUCCAAUGUCCCUAACGUAAACAUUAACAGGACAGGCAGUCUUCAAAUAUUCGCUCAGACAACAGACUCUGAUCUGUUAAGCGAUGGCUACUAAACGAAUUAAUAAAGUAUUAAUCAUUUUCGAUUAAUUCUGUAUUCAUGAAUUUAUUUGGUUAUUACUUGUCUAAAUAUAAAAAAUAGUUAAUCUAGGACGGCCUAGGCCUAUUAUUAAUUAAUAUUAUUAUAUAUAGUAUAGGCAGGCCUACUUCUUAUAUUUACAUGGACUAUCACUAUGACAUGACUAUACUAUCUCUCACUCCCAACUAUUUUAAUUAUUUAUUAAUUAUUUAAUUUUGGGCGUGAGCCUACAUGCCUUUAUUUAGAAUAACAUAUGGUCCAUGGUAGCCUAUACCCUAACCUACUACUACUAUUACUGGUAAAAGUGCAGUUCAGGUGCGUAUAUUAUUUCUUAGCGCAUUUCGUAUUUAAAAAUUUUUUUAUCAUGUAAACUUACGUGUAUUCUUUAAUAAUUAAAUCCAGGCAGUUAUAGUUAACUAAUUCUGAAUUAUAAAUCGCAUCUUUUCUUUUUAUUUUACUUCUAAAGAGUCUUUAAACAUCCCCCAACCAAAGUGACAGGGCCCCCAUUUGUUUGUAUUUUUCUUUUUACGCUAUGCCAGAUUUUUAGCCACCUAUAAGUUAGUAAUGCUAAACGAAAUUUUCAAACUGAGCAUGUUCACAAAUAAGAAUGAAAUACUAGAUUCUUCAUUACGCACAAGCGCCCCCCCCCCAACUUUCUUUUUCCCCCCUCUCAUAGAGCUCGGAAUAUAGGGGUUGUCCUUUGAAGUCCAGUCGGGGGGGGCGGUAGAUUAGAAGUGGAUCACUGACUAAGCAGUGGACACACACGUCAUCAUUGUCCUGGACCUGGUGUGAAGCUGAUCACCCUGAAGGCUGCUAAUACGCUGUCUGUGAUUGGUCAGCUCUAAUUUGAGCACCCGUCCUCUUUUUUCGUAUGCAAAUGCGCUUAUUACUGGUGACUGAUUUGCGCUGAGUAAAGUGACGGCUAGUGAUUAUUUUUUUUAUAUUAUUUUAUAUUAUAAGACGGACUCGUUUUGGCUUUGCGGUAUUGCUGGUUGUAGGAUCAUUUUGUUUAAAAUUGCAGGACGACCAAGAAACAAUAACUAAAAUUGUUGAUGCAACAGGCAUUUUUAAUGGUGCAGCAUUUGGUUUAUACGCGCACCUUGUGGGGCAACAAAUAACGUUAAUACAACUGGAAUUUCUCCUAAGGCGCUCGUAACAAUUGCAAUGUGGCUUGUAAGCUGAGUUCGUAUGUCAAGUGUGUGAGCUCCCCAUAAUUACCGGGAUCUGCAUAUCACCCGAAACGGGAUCUCACCGUAACCGGUAUCCCGCCAGGAUCGGUAACCCACUGGAUCGGGAUCCCACCGGGAUCAGGAUCUCACUAGGAUCAAAAUCCUAUCGGGAUCGGAAUCUCACCGAAACGGGAUCCCACUGGAUUGGGAUCUCAUUUAGUUUGGGAUACCACCGGAAACGGAUCUCACCGGGAUCGGUAUCUUACCGGGAUCGGGAUCCCACCAUGACCAGGAUUCUAUCGGAAUCACAUCGGGUUCGGGAUCCCAUCAUGAUCCUUCCGGGUGCCAUCGGAAAACGGGAAAAACGAAAGGUUUACAUAAGUUAUUUUAAUUGUUUUUAAUAGGAGACAAAUUAAUUAUUAUUAUUUUUACUAUAGUGUUGUUGUUUUGUUGUUGACAUUUCGUUUAAUAGCAAUGUGAACUAAAAGGACGGAACAGAUGUUUUUUCUGAAUGCAGCCCCAGGCAAUUCCGGUUAUAGUUGAUAGUAAAGUUAUAAAAUAAAUACAUCAUUUAUUUCAACAAGAUUCAUCCAAUUGGGCAACUUUUAUAAAGUAUCUUUAAAGACAGAAGAGUUAUCCUUGAUUUACCACAAUGGCUCCGUAAAACACGAAAGAUUCAUAAAAAUGUACUUUUUUUAUCUCGUAAUUGUAUUCCAAUAAAAAGAUGGUAUAUAACUUUUAAAAUACUUUUUAUAAAGAAUUAACAUAAGUUUACACGGGAAAAUAAGAGAUUCAAACAGAAAUAAUAUACGCACCUGAACUGCACUUUUACCCUAUUACUAAACUAUUACUACUAUUAUAAUAAUUGUAUAUUUAAAAAUUUUGCUGGUUGUUGUUAAUUAGUAGUAAUAGUAGGCUAUAAAUUAUCAUUAAUUAUUAAUAACUGGUAUGUAGUAUGUUAAUUUAGUCCAUAGAAUAGAACUGCGUCAGUUACAUCUCGGGAAGGGGCAGAGAAUAAAAAAAUUGGGACAAUGUAAGCUUGACUUUUCGCAUUGGGAUCAGUGAGUUCUCUUUUGGUCGAACGAUUAGUUUAGGGCAUAUAUUAUUUCUUAAUGGUUUUCAUAAUUUUGCAUGUAAAUUUACAGUUAUUCUUUAUAAUAUUUCAUUUAGCAUACAGGUACCAACUUUAAGUUGAAAAAAUCUGGCCCAUCAGGUGAAAGAAAAAAUGGAGAGCUCAUUCACCGGCUAUAUAUCAUUGGGGGCUGUUCAAAGAUGCUUCAGAAAUAAAAAAAAAGAAAAGAAAUUUAGUGCUUUUCACUUUAGCGUUAGUUAACUAUUACUGCCAGGAGUUAGUUAAAUAAAGAAUACACUUAAGUUUAUUUCCGAAAAUACGAAAUUCAUUAAGAUAUAAUAAAAAUAUACACACCAGAAAUUCACUUUUACGCCCUUUUGUUUAUUCUUUGUUAAGAUUAGUGUCAUUGACACUUCUUGCUGCAUACCUAGAGGGAUAAAGUUGCUAUGUUUGCCACAAAAUGAACUCUUUGUCUCCGGAAUUAUUUUCCUCAUUCUGACGGAGUUAUCUAUUUUGCACUACUAUGUUAUCCCUAAGCGAUCAUAACAUCUUUAUUUGGUAUGGAAUUAAAGGGAAAUGCAGGCUCUUUACAGACAAUGCAGGCUUAGGUUUAAAUUUUAAUAUAUAAAUGUGAUUUAGAUUUAUGGAAAAUAAAAAAUGUUAAAUAAAAAACCAAAUGUUUGCUAAAUGCUCAUUCCAAGUCACACAAAGUAAAAUUUAUAAUUUAAAGUGAUACAAAAAUGUUUUUCUUUCUGAACUUUAUCCAUAUGUACAUCACAAAGAAUAAUCAUCAAAUUUUACAAAAUAUAAAACUUAACACUAGAGUGCAUUAUCCAUUGUUACAACAACACACAAAAAAUGUCUGAAAAAACUAUUUCCACAGGAAGUAAUUUGUUGCUACUAGGAAAUAGUUGCACCAUAUCCUUGUAUGUAUUUACAUUUAUUAUGGUAAAUGGAAAAUUUACCAUAAAUUUGUCAAAUCUUUUCAUCUUGAUUUAACUGUGAUAAGUCUGAAAACAAUCCAUGUGGAUGUGCGAAUUUGACCCACAUCCAGCACAAACUUAUACAGUUAACCAAUGCUUCUACUACUACUAGGCACUAGUAUUAUACAAUUCAACAGAAUCAGCCUCUGCUGAAUUGUCAUAAAAAACAAUACCCCUUAAUUGUUCACCAGUGUAAUAUUUUCUACCUUUAUUAGCUCGAUAGCCUCAUACGCCAGGUCGAGAUAACUUGUUUGUAAAAAAGAAUAAAAUGUAGAAUCAAAAUAAUCGCUUUAAAUACUUCGUUCGCUGUAAAAACUUGUUGAAAGAAAGAAAAUCUGGAUGUUUAUCAAAGGGAAAUCAUUCUCGAUUUGAUUAAAAGUAAUUUAAAACAAAUAGGUUAGAAAAGAAAAUAACUCAUUUUUAUGCAUAGACAAUGCCAAAGUCAAUCUGACAAAAACUUCAUUUAAAAUCUACGAUGGGAGUGUUUAUCUGGAGGGAAUAAGUUAAUGUAAUGGCUGCAAUUAUGCCUGGAAAGUGAGCGACCAUCAAAUUUGAAAGUUAUGUUCCUAUUUUCGCUUCUUUAUGUCAUUUAAACAACACAUUCUCUCCAUUAACCUUUCCCAUUUUAGCAGACAUGCCUUUGCACUACUUUUAUUUUGUUUUUACACAUUUGUCAUCUUUGUUGCUAUGACAAAGAUGAGUGCAGUGGGGAAAAAGUACUGGUAGUGCAAAAACAUGGAAGAAAAGGGGGAAACAUCAAGAGUACAAUGACUAGAAAAAUUGUCAAGGCCCAAAGAAGAUAUAGAAUAGGGCUGGACAUAAUUAAAAACAAAGUUCGUCUAUUAAAAUUAACCUUUGUAUCAAAUCCAUUGACUGAAGAAAUACAAAAGAUGUGUAGAUUAGUGUUUUGACUGAAACUCUGUUGGUUGUGUGAAUAUUUCUUAAAAUAUAAAUAAACUAUAAUAAAGUUAAUGUAAAAGCCUUGUCUUAAAUAAACUGGUCUACCCUAAUAUCAAUGUUGAUCACAAUUUGUGUACUGAUACUUGUUCUGCGUCAUUCUUGCACUUCUCAGUAUUUGAAGGGACCAUGGUUAACAUAGCUUGCUUCUGCUAAAAAAUAUUUGCCUUUCAUUUAUCAAGGCCAAGGUUUGGGAGAAAUCAUUACGAUUAUGCCAGCAAUAAUAUAUCAAAAUACAUCAUUUUCUAUGUAAGGAUGUCACCAAUGCUACCACAUGGCCCUGAUUUCACUAAAUAAAAUUCUUAAUAACUGCUAAAUGAAAUUCUUAAAAAAACAUCAAAUACCUGUGGUGCGUAAUAUUUUCUUUUGUUUUAUGGAAUUAGUCUAAAUUUAAAUAUGGUGUUAUAAAUUUGCGGUAUAAAAGUGGGUGGGACAUUAGAGUAUUAAUAUAGGUCAGGGGCGUGGAAAAAAGUAUCUCUAAUUGAGUAUCUUAUAAAGUGUGUUUUUGAAUGCGUGUUUUGUCUAGUAACUUUGUAGAUGAAAAAGUUCAUACAUGGUGCAGCCAUUGUUUGGCUGGCUGUAGCUAGUAUUAAAUAUUUUUGUCAGAGUAGUUGUAUUGCCAUUUUCUACCAUGGUCCAUGACAAUGUCAUUACCGGUACUUCCUAUUCAAAAGAAUACAAAUAAGUAAAAAAUACAAAAUUAUCCAAGAAUUUAAUUUAGAUAAGCCCAACUUAUUUAUAGGCCUACAUUAUUUAUUCUUAGAAAAUUUCUUCAGCAGCAAUUUGUUUAAAACUACAUCACUUGUUCAGAUUUACUCUUGAAGUUAAAUUAUUUAUUUGAAAAUUUUGUUCACUAGCACUCUGCCAUUCUGCAAAAUAUUUAAAUCCUAAAUCAGUUGGUCUUUUUAUAAUCUCAAUCAAUGAAAUGGUACCAGUAGAGUAAAAAUAGUUAGAUUAUAAAUAAUUAUGCCAAGUUUUUAAGAUGCUUGUAUCUGUGAUCAAUCCUAAAUCUUUUAAUAGGUAGACCAUGUAAAGAAUGGAGUAAGUAAAAAAGCUUGUUUUCAUUGCUUGGUUGAAUCUAUAUUUUUUUCCUUACACCAGUAGUCAGCUUAGAAGUUUUCCUCUCAAACUAGGAACUCUCACAUUGAGAAUUCCUCACAAAGAUUCCACACACAGAGUACCAGGGUGACCAACUCAAUAAAAUAAAAUACACUGAUAAAUAUUUUAAAUCUUCACAAUUUUAAAGGACAAACAUAUUUUAUUAAGGACACUUUUUAAAAUCUAAAUUUGUUAAAACUAUAAAACGAAAAAACAAUUUUUUAAAUAUCUGUGAUUUAUAAAUAUAUAAUUUUAUAUAGCUCCAUGUCUUACAAUUAUAACAUAAAAUGCUAUAUAUAAUAUAGCAUUAGUUUAUAGAAUGGCAUUAUUAUCAGUGUUAAUUUCUCCUGCAUAGGAUUAAACAAGCUUAAAGCAAGCAAGAAAAAAAAAUUCUGAUAAAUCCAGAUUUGUUUCUCUUCAAACGGCUUAUGAGAGUUCUAUUAUUUUUUAUGGACAUCCUAAAGUUUUUUUAUACUUUGGUUAGAUAAUUAAUUUUAUGUAAAAAUUUUACUGACUCUUCAUAAAUUUAUUUACAGUUGGCAACCCUGUGGAGUAUUCGCCACAUUUCAAAAUAUGAAGUAGCAACUAAAAGAGGGUGGGAAUCUCUGCUUUAGACCUUUAUCCCCAUUGAUCCUCAUUUCAGUCAUUAAAAUUAUAUGAUUUCGAAAUAUUCAUAAUUUGGGCAUUGAAAUUAUUGAAAUGUUAGUUUACAAAUAUUGACUAUUAGUAUUAAUUAUAUAUUUUUUUAAUUCUAUGGCCAGGAAUUACAAGAUUUAAGGCGAGACCCACCAGCUGGUUGUUCAGCAGGCCCUGUCGGAGAUGACUGUAAGUUGUUUUUUUUUAUAUUCCAGAAAUACAUUAUAUUUGACCUGCUUUUUGCUAUAAUUUAAACUGGUAAAUUGUAAAGGAAAAAAUUGAUCAUUUGAAAAAAAUUUGUAAACCUGGUCUUGUUUUAAAUUUGAAAUACAUGUCUGCUCUUUUAAUUAAAAUGUUUCUUAAUUGAUCAUCAAAUUCUUGCUAAUUUCCUGAUUAAAGUUGUUUUUGUUAUUUACUCUUUAGUGUGCUUUUUGUAAAUCAGUUUAUGAUGUUCUGUGUUGAAGAAAAGCUAAUUAAAAUUUUCGAUAUUUUCCCCAUUAAAUAAACUCUUAUUUGUUUUAUUUCAGUAUAUCAGUGGGAAGCAAUGAUCCAGGGUCCCGUAAGAAGUUUUAUUGUUUUGUUUAUUAUUUUAAAGUAAACUUUAAUAGACCCUAGACCAGGGGUCUCCAAACUUUUCAGCCCAAGGGCCGCAUUAAUUAUCAAACAGCAGUUCGAGGGCAGACUACACAAUUGAGGUCUAAAUAAAAAAAGAAUAAAAACAUGGAUGUUGUUUUUAAUUAUUUAGUUAUUAUUUAAUAACACAUUGAUACACAACACAUGAAAAUCUGUAUUAGUGGGAAGUUGAAAUUGUUUCGAUGAUGCAAAAAUAGCAAACGUUUCUGGUUUAGUUUUGAUGUCCCUAAUAACAACAGUGGCCUGAGCUUAUCAUCAGACAAGUUUGUUCUCAAAUUAUUAUUCACGUAUUUCAUUCUUGAAAAUGUUUGUUCACAUAGAGAUGUUGUUUCAAAGAUUGAAAGGUAUCUUGUUGCAAAAACUGGUAAAAACCCACCAGUCCUUCUUUGAACUUGUCCCCAAGGAAGUCAUUUGCCUGCAACUCAAUGACCUCCAGCUGCAGUCAUGGCCAGCCCUAACAAUUGCGGGGCCCUAUGCGAAACGGAUUGUGCAGAGCCCAGUCUGGGUAGGGAUAAGGAUAAUAAGUGAAAAUUAAGAUUUUGUAUUAUAAAGUGGGGCCUAUGAAAGUGUGGGGCCCACUGUGGCCGCAUAGGUUGCAGUGGCCUAAGGCUGGCCCUGGCUGCAGUUCAUCUGAGCAACUGGCCACAUCUACUUCAAAAGGGUUUUGAAACAGUCUCACUUCUUCUGCCUAUGAAUCCAAGUCAGAAAACCGCUACUGAAACUGCAGCCGGACUUUAAUCGUGCAUGCAAAUGACAUGGGGAACUCCGCUGUUGCUUCACUGCUGAAAGUGCUUCAAGUUGUUGGCCUAUAUUUAUUCCAAAAACAAGGCGAGUUUGGAUCAGAGGGCCUUUUGCUGGGUGUAUAGAUCAGAAACUAGACUUUGCUCUCCUUGUAGUUUUAGGUUCAGAAUAUGUAAAUGGCUAGUUAUGUCUGCAGGAAAGCCCAAUUUCCAUACCCUCUUGUCAUCAGAUAGUAAUGUCUGUGGCUUGCCUUUACUUUCCAGGAAGUCACCGAUUUCCUUUCUUAACUUAAAUACUCUGCUCAGAACUUUCUCACAACUUAGCCAUCUUGCUGCUGUGUAAUAUGGUAAAACUUGCGGAUCUGUGCCAGUAAUCUUCAACUUGUCUGUCUAUGGUGAGCCCAUGUGAUUUUUUUUUUAAUUCACCAUCUUCACCACAGGAUUCAGUACACUGAUGAUGUCCAUAUAUUUAGCACACAAGCUUGCUGGUGAAUAAUACAGUGCAGGAAAAUUGGUUGUAGAAUGUUUUUCUCAUUACACAUCUGCUUCACUUGUCCAAACAAGCCUUUCUUUAUGCCACUCAUGUUCUUUCCUCCAUCAACGGUCAGGCAACUGAGGUUAGUCCACUCCAAGUUAAAAUCAGCAAAUGUUUUUUUCAACCCAUUGAAUAAAUCCUCUCCGGUAACACUAGUAACAGUGCCAUUUACGCUUUUUAUGGAAGCCAGCUCUUAUGUUAUGUUCAUGUCUUCGUCCAUACCUCUAAUGAACACAAACAGUUGAGAGGAGGAACCGAACAGCUGUUUAGCGAUUCAUGCAUUUCAAUUGAAAAAGGGCGAAACUUGCUUGCAUUUUUUCAUGUUUGCAACACAGCGGGCCGUGGUAUUUGCACCCAAAGCUACAUUUUCAAAUUGUUUUGACUUUUCUGGGCAAAGUUCCUAAGCCACCACCAACAAACGUUACUUCAAUACUUCACCAUUAUUUACAGUUUGCCACUUUUAGCCAGGACGUAGACAACUUUAUAACUAGAAUUAGUUAAGGAUUCAUUUUCAUUUGAGGAUUUAUUGAACAAUGUCCUCUGAGAUGUGAAUUGAUUUUUUAAUUGAGAAAAAUUUUCAGCACAGACUUUACCCUCAAACUGUGCAUAUUUCUCCUGAUGUUUGCUUUGAUGAUGACGGCGCAGGUUGUAUUCUUUCAUCAAAGCCCCGGUUUCUUUGCGUUAUAUCAUCUCUUUGACUGUGAACGGAAGUACAAAAAAAAACUAAGCACCGAAUAAGCUUUGGUAAUGUAGUGAUCGGUUGGAAAACAUAACACACUUCUGUGCGCCUCUAUUUUAAUCCAGGAAAGACAUAACGCCCACGUAAGCGGCGGCUAAUCUUGGCAGGAUAAUGUAAAUUUCUGUAAUUUUUUCCGUAGAUAAUGGUGCAGAAUAAAUAGAAGUUUUCAACAUAUAUUUUUGAACUGUUAUUGCAGACUGUUAUUAUAAUCCCUCCUGAAAAGAAACAUCAUCUAUUUCUUCUUGAUGUAUGCUCUUUAUACACUUCCAUCCCCCACACUGACGUUCUCUUAGCGCCCAAGACCCUCCUCAGAUUGGCGGAACUAGUCCUCACCCUCUAUUCGUUUGAGUUUGGUGGCCAAUUCUUCGACCAAAUCAGUGGUGUGGCUAUGGGGACUAAAAUGGGACCCAGCUAUGCAUGCCUGUUCAUGGGGCAUUUCGAACACAUGGUCAAAAGCAGCUAUACUGGACGCCUCCCUUAAUUCUACAAUAGGUAUAUAGAUGACGGUAUAGGGGUCACCACCAUGGAGAGGAGUGAAUUUGACCUGUUCAUUAACGUUGUAGGCUUCUUUCACCCCUCCAUUAAAUUUACAUCUGUUAUCUAUGAGACAACUUUUUGAACAUCACAGUUCUCAAAGACAGCCUACUCACCUCUGCCUACUUUAAGCCCACUGACAGCCACAGCUGUCUACUCUCCUCUUCAUCCCACCCUAAAUUCUGUAAAGACUCUAUUCCUUUUUCUCAAUUACUUUGUCUUGGUCGACUUUGUCGGUCGAAGGAGGACUUUUGGGACUUUUUCCGGUGUAGGUCUUACUCUCAUCAGCCCUCCAAAGGGCUAAAAAUAUUACCCGUGCUUAUGCCUUCAGGCCACGUCCGAGCGACAAUGUUGACAGGACUAAACUUAUUAUCACUUGUCACCAAUGUUCCCUUUAAGCUGCACAGCCGCACGGCCGCGCAGUAAUCUCACAGACGCCGCGCAGCAGUUUUGAGUACCGCUCAGCUAAUUUCCACUUAAGUGUGUGUUUGUGUCUGUAGGCUGUAAAAUUUUGCGCACAAAAAAUUGAUGCUGUAAAAAUUUUCACACAACUUUAUGAUUUUGCACACGAACCAACAAACCUUAAAGGGAACAUUGCUUAUCACCCUCAUAAUCUGAUAGCUAAACGUGUUUUCCUUAAACAUCGCUCUAUAUUACUCGCAGAAACCGACACACAAGAAAUUUUCUCUUCCCCACCUCUCAUUGUUUUCAGACGGGAUAAAAAUCUGAGAGACCUCCUUGUGCACAGUCAUAUCAACGCUGCCCCCUCUCACUUUGGGACAAGGCCAUGUGGGCGCAGCCGUUGCAACACUUGCCCUUUUGUCGUUCAGACUCAACACAUACAUUUCCCUAAGGGCAGUUUUUAGAUACGCGACAGCUUCCUUUGUACAAGCCGCAACGUUGUCUACACCAUUUUCUGCAACCGCUGUCAAAUGACGUACAUGGGGAGACUGGACGCCAUCUCUCUGAUAGGUGUACCGAACACCUCCGUAACAUUACGCAAGAUAAAGUGCCCCGUCUCCAAACACUUCAAUAGAGUAGCGACCACCAGGGCAAGACGGACUUUUCAAUAAGUGCGCUCGUGGCUAGCAGGAACACACCCAUGCUUAUGGCACUUUGACGCCAGCUGGGAUGAAUGUUAUGUCCCUUUUCACAGUUUGACCCUAGCUCUGCCCCUCCUAGUCCUAACCUAUCGCAAUGGACUUUUUUCUCCUCUUUUCUUUCGCUCUUCCCUAUUUAAUCCCUCACUCACUUACUUUCUGUCCCAUUUCUUUUGCGGCCCACGGAUACUACUUCCAAGCUAAGUGCUAUUUCUUAUUUUUACUUUUAUACCGUUUUUUCUGUUGUUUCGUUCGCUGACAAAGGCUCACUGCCAACACGUUCGUUGUUUUGUUACGUUUCUUUUUUCAUGUUUAACCCUACUCUGUUUUACUCAUUUUAUAUUGCAGCCUGACAGUGCAUAUGCAGAUGGUGUAUUUUCUUUGGCUAUACACUUCCCUACAGAUUAUCCAUUCAAACCCCCUAAGGUAAACUGACAAAUAAGUAUUUGUUGAAGUUUUGUUAUAAAUUAACUCAAUUUUUAAAAAAACCUGAGCCAUAAUAUUAUCAUCGCAAUCCAGUAGUUACCCAGGCAUGUGGCCUUCCACCUAAGGCCACAGUGACAAAAUUGCACUCUCUCUGCAGUUCUUUGUAUAUAUUAUGUUAUGUAUCCUGGAAAUUUUGGUAUAUUUCAUAAUGGCAAAAAUUUCAAUUGUUUUGCAUUUUUCUAUUUCUAUUUAAAUUAAAUAUCCAACCCCCCACAUUAAUAGAGAAGGGUAGAUUACAAAAAUAAACUUCUAAAAGUAAUAAAACAAGUAAAGAGUAAACCUUGGAAUUUACUAGUUUGGAUUAUUUUAUAUCCUUUGGUCUUACAUUCUUUUCAAAUCCCUGCUAUUGCCAUAUUUUCUUAACAGAUACAAUGCAGGUUCUGUAUAAUAUUAAUAAUAAAUAAAUGCCCUAUAAUAUUUCUUGAAAAAUGUAUGCAAGUCUCACAAACAUCCUGAGAUUUGUGCUAUUUAAAAAAUAUAUAGAUUACUGUAUGGUAAUCAUUUAUUAUGCAAAUUAAAAAAAUAGGAGCUGAGAAUCUCUGUGCAUUUUAAUAGGGUAGGCAGACACUCACUUUUAAUUGUAACAUAAUAUUGAUAUUGGCAUUAAUUAUAAAAUAAUAUUGAUAUUGGCUUAAGAAUAGUCUUUUAUUUAAGCUUUAGUUAUUUAUUAACAUGUUAAAAAUAUAGAAACCUUCAUUCAUAGACACCAGCUUUGGGUUUAAAAAAUAAUAGAAGCUCAAUGGUAUUAUGGUAUGAUAACAAUAGUUUAAAAAUAAGAUGUAAUGAAAAUGUUUUGCACAAACAGGAAAUCUUACUUAAAUGAAUGUGCAGGUUUAUUUAAAAAAGGUGACAUAUACCCCCCUGAACAAAAUUGAAGCAGGUAAAUUUCUGAGGUUUGUGUUUAUCCUGAAAAUAUAUCAAGUCUGCAAAAAAAAAGGGUUAUAUUUUCAUUACCGGCUUUAGUGGUGCAUCUGGAUAUAUUCUAUCCUCAAAUAUUAUUAUAAUACAUCUGUUUAUCUUUAAUAAUCUAAACCAAAAUUUCCUAUUUAAUACAUGUAUUGAUACUUUAUACUUAACUUUAAGUACCAGUACAUAAUUUGAUUAUUAUCUUUUCAUGAAAGAAAAUAUUGCUAUAUUUAUUAAAAGUUCUUAUGCAUGCUAUUUUCAGAGGAACGUAGAAUAGGGAAGAAGAAGGAAGAAGAAAAAAAAAAAAAAGGGGGGGGGGGGGUUGUUGCUAGGGCAUGCAACUAACCUGUUGGCCACCCAUUCUACUUGUAUUUAUUUUAUCUUGUAAUAUUAACUUGCAUUAAUAAUGUUUUUUUUAAAAAAUAAUUCACUAGAUAACAUUCACAACAAAAAUCUACCAUCCUAACAUACAUAGUAAUGGUAGCAUAUGUCUAGAUAUACUCAGGUCUCAGUGGUCUCCAGCUCUUACUAUAUCUAAAGGUAAGAUAUCACAUAUUUAGUUAUAAAGCAACAAUAGUGUCCCGUGUUCAUAAAUUUUAUUUUUAAAUGGGCAAGAAAACAAUUUUCUGCUAAUUAAUUAUAUAUUUACAUAUUUAAUUUAUAUAUGAAAAUAAAAUGUAAACAUAUGAUGUAGUUAAAUGUCAAAUAGAUUUCAAGCUUUUUUGAAAAUGUUAGUGAAAACAAGUUUAUUCAUAAUAUUAAAAAUAUUUCUUUCCAGUUCUGAUUUCAAUAACGUCCCUUCUCACAGACCCAAACCCUGAUGAUCCUCUUGUUCCAGAAAUAGCUAGGGUUUACAAAACAGAUAGAUCAAGAUAUGAAGAGUUAGCUAAAGACUGGACAAAGAAGUAUGCCAGUUCAUGACUGUAAUAAAUGGCUCACCUCACCUUUAUUUAAAAUACUUUACUUGUGCCCCAAAAUUUAAUUAAAUGAAUAUAUCUUGUAUUAAACCUUUAAAGCAUGAAUUUGUCACAUUAUGUUACGUCAUAUAUAAUUUUCUUUACACUAUUUUAAUAGAUCAUUAUUAAUUUAAGUAGUGUCCCCUAAAAUAUUUAAGGGCAGAUCCUUCAAAAUAUAAUUUUGUCAAUCUUCAAAAUACUAAGAGGCAAGGAUCAUGCUUUUUUCAGAAUUAUAUCUAUCGUGAAAAAGUUGUUAAGUUUUCUAAAUGUUGCUUUUGUUUUUAAGUCCUUUCAGCUGCCUUACCUAAGACUUUCAAAAAAUUUUGAGAAACUCCUUUUCUUUGCACUAGGAACAGUGAUCCAGCAAUUCACUAUGUGAAUACUGUAAAUUUAAUAAUUAUGAGGUCAUAUAGAUAAUUUUAUACUGCAAUGUAAAUCUAUAAGCAAAAUUUUGAAUAGCUUGAGGAUAAAAUUUGUAUAUUCAAUAUUGUACAUAACAAUAUUCUCAAAUUACAACUUCUAAAAAUGUCAUCCCAUUUUGAAUUAUCAGAGAGCUUAGAUUAAAAAUUUGCUAGAUGAACAAUUGGUAAUGGACAUAACUUGCUUAGCAAAUUCAAUUAGUGAGAUACUUCAAAUCAAUAACUUGGGUUAUCAUCUGGAUAGUGUCAUAAAUUUAAACUGCCUGAGAAAUAUGUAACAAGAGUGGGUUACAGAUUAGUAACAAUAACUUAUGAUCUAACAGUACACACUUUUUUUAUUCAGAUAGUUGAGAAAUUCUUUACACUUAAACAAGCUGUAUGUUAAAUUCAAUGGCAUUAUUUAUAUUAUUGUGUAGUCUCAAAACAGUUAUGUUGGGUAUGAAAAUAAGUUGCUGAUAAUUCAAUAAUUGUAUGCCUUCUUGUAUAUCUGAGUGAAUAAAGAUUGUAUGUGCAGUGAAUCAAAUCAAAAGUGCAUUUGGUGUUGUUUUUUUUAAUGUUUUGAAAUAAUUUAAAGUAAAAAAAAAAAAGAAGAAAAAGUUACAUUCCUCUCAAAAUUAACAUAAUUUCUCAGACUUUUAAAUAAUUUGGAUUUUUCGUUUUUGAAUUGAGAAAUAAUUGUUAAGUUAAAAAGCAAAUAGGAAUAAUUAUAAUAAAACACUCAAUAUAUGCAUUACAUUUGGGUCGAACAACUUUAUUGGUAACUCAACACGAAAUUAUAAGCAAAUACUAAUGAAGAUCUUCUCUUAGUGCCAAAUUAUAAAAUAUUGAGCAUAUUUUGAAUUAAUAAUACAUUAUAAACAAUUUAUAUAUUUAACAAUGCAA